AUGGCCUCGCCGUCUUUUGUAGAAGGUUGGGUCAACUUCAAUCCCGCAGGUGCUGGCAAACCAUGCCAGACGUGGUACAAGAUGUACGGGGAUGUCACCACCGCCGUGCAUCGUCCGUUGAUUGUCAUACACGACGGUCCAGGAGCCGUGCAUCAAUACCUGCUUCCAGUCAGCGAGCUAUCUAUCACGCAUUCAAUGCCCGUCAUCUUCUACGAUCAAAUCGGCAACGGAAACAGCACGCACCUGCCCGAGCUCAAAGACGACAAGUCCUUCUGGACAGAGUCGCUUUUCCUCGAUGAGCUACGAAAUCUCAUCAUCGAGAUCGGUAUCCAGGACGACUAUGCUAUUUUAGGUCAUUCGUGGGGCGGAAUGCUUGGAGCUCGGCAUGCGAUCGGCCGUCCGGAGGGAUUGAAGCGACUCAUCAUCGCCAACUCGCCGACGAGCAUGAAGCUGUGGCAGCAAUCGGUUUCCGAGCUCCGCUCAGGCCUACCGCAAGAACUUCAAGACACGCUACGAAUCCACGAAGAAGACGACACGACUGACUCUGAGGAGUAUCAGGCAGCUGUUGCUGAGUAUCAUCGUCGUCACGUAUGCCGCCUGGACCCGAUGCCUAAGGAACUUGGCAGUACAUUCGCGGAGCUUGGCAAUGAUCCUACGGUCUGUGCUACGAUGCGCGGGACCGCACAAUUUUACAUCACGGGCGUCCUAAAGGACUACUCUGUCGAAGAAGGCCUCGCCAAUAUCGCCGCCCCUACUCUGCUCAUCAAUGGCAAAUACGACGAAGCUCAAGAUUUUACAAUCCAACCUUUCUUCACCUCCAUUCCUAGCGUUAGUUGGACUCAGUUUGUAAACUCGAGUCAUACCCCCCAUCUGGAAGAGCACGAACGAUAUUUGCGGGUCAUUGCUGCAUUCCUGUCGUAG